AUGGAUCAAUCAUCAGAAAAAGAAUUGGAAAAGUAUAUUUUAAAUCAGGUUCAAUGGGAGUCAUUACCAUCACAUGCAAAGUUAAUUUUAGAUCAGUCACACACUAAAUAUAAACAAUAUGUAUUGAAAUAUAGCAUAAAGCAUCAAUUAAGAUGGGAUACUAGCUUGAUUAGUUGCUUUGUAACAGAUGAAAGAUUAUAUUAUCAAGAAAUCGUUAGAUUAUCGGUUGCAAAUUUAGUUUUAUAUCCUUACCAUAUUUCAGAUAAAUUGGUUCCAAUGUUAAAUGUAACACCAUUUAAAUAUUAUUUAAUUAUGAUGAUUGAAACGAUGACAAAUUCAAAAUCAUACGACGAAUUACCAAAUUUUACAGCAGUCGAUUGUUUAAGGGUUUUAGAAAUUGGUAGAAAUCAAUUUAUAGACUUAAUGAAUAAAUGUAGAUCAAAAGGAAAUUUAUUUAAAAAGAAAAAAGAUGUUAUUAGAGGAUUAUUGCCACAAAAAUCAUUAGAAAAGAAUAUAGAUUAUUGGUGGAUAAUUAAGUAUGGCCAUCCAAACCAAGAUGAGGAGAGAAAUUUAUCAUCACAAGAGUUAGAAAUAAUUGACGAUUUGAAAAAAUCAAACGGUCAGGGUAGACAAGCUGGAGUUUUCCAACGUGAGGCAGUCUUAUCAUUGGUCAGUAAAGGCUUAGUUUAUAUAGAUGUACCUAUUCAAAAUUCAGAUGUUGUUUCCGUACCACCGUUGGAGGGUUUUGUCAUGAAUAGAGUAUUAGGAGAUUAUUUUGAAAGUUUAUUGUACAAGAUUUUUGUUUCAAUCGAUGAAAGAACAACUGUGCAAAAGUUAUCCGAGGUACUCCAGAUUAAUGUUGAAUUGGUUAAGCAGGCCGUCAGUUUAUAUAUUAGAUUGGGUUUUGCAAAAAAGAAAAAUUUAGAACCUUUAAUAACAAAUGUUGUAGUUCAGCCACAGCCACAACCACAAUCACCACGUCAACAGCCAUCAAAUAACAGCGAGUCACCAAAUAUAGUAUUGGAAACAUCACCAGCCCCAAUAACACCAACAACAGCAGCAGCAUCAAAAUGGAAUCAAAGUUGGAUUACAUAUUAUCAGGAUAAACAAGAAGAUUCACCAUUUUUAAAUACCAAUAAUUUACCAAAGAAUAUGACAAACGAUAACAAUGAAUUAAAUAUUGUGGAUCAAACAGAAAAUGAAAGUAGUGGUGGUACAAUGUUAAAUAGUGACGAAUCAACAUUAAUGGGUGAAGAACAAAAAAGAAUUGGUUUUGUAUUUGAUUCCUCAAUUACAGCUUUUCUUAUGAUGGGUAAUUUAGGUUAUGGUUUAAAGAAUCAUGCAGUAACAAUGUUUGAAGUUGGUAAGUUGGCAAAUGAGGCAUUGGAAGAUUUCUUAAAAGAGUUGGAUAAAAUUAAUGCAGAUGAAUUUGUAGAUUCCGAGGCUAAACUAUAUGCUACCAAUGCAAUUUCUCUAAGAGAUACUAUUAGACAUUUAAGAAGUCGUUAUGUUAUAGGUGGUCAGCUACAAGGAUUGGAUUUAUUAAGUUGCGAAAGAAUGAAUAGUUUGGAUGAAGCAACCAGAAUUAGAGUUUUAAAAAAAAAUUAUUCAGUAUUAAUUUCAAUGGCCCCCCUUUCCACCGAUAAUACACCAGUAAUAACUGCGAUUCCACCAAAUUUUGGACCUCCAAUUUACGAAGUACAUAGCUUUUGGUUUAGAAUGUACCUUUAUCAUAUGAUUGGUAAAGGUCCAAAAUCUAUCCUCUUCCCAAAGGGCACUCGUUUAAGAAAAAUUCCACAGGUAUUUAAAGAUUGCGAAAAGAUUUUUGUUUGCUCCAUCGACCACGAUCCUAUCACCGUUAAUUUAUCACAACUAUUACCAACUGCAAAUGAAACCCUACUUUCAUCUCCAUUACUUUUACAAGCCUAUUCAUUUAUUAAAUACGAAUCAAUACCAAAGAUUUCUAAAUUCCAAAGCCAUAGCCGUUCGAAUAGUGUGGUUUCAACUCAAAAAGAUGAUCAAGUAAUUUUCAAUGUAGCUUUUCCAACUCAUUUGGAGAUCGAUCAUGAUAGUACAUGUUUAAAUGAAGAGGAAUAUAACGAAGAAAAUAUUUCAAAUCAUCCUUUAAUUCAAAAGAUUCAAGAAGUAUUUAAUUUAAAGCAUUCAUUUGGUUAUAUCAGUUUGUUAAAGAAAGAACUUUAUAGUUAUCCUUCACACCCUUAUCAACAAACAGGAAGUGCAUCAUCAUUGUUCCAAAAAACUAUAGAGUUUGUACCAUUAAAUAUAUAUUUUGGUAUCCCAAUUUUUGAUGAUAAAUUAAAUAGACAGGUUUGUGAAAAAAUAGAUAAAUAUAAUUUACUUAGUCAAGAGAACCUUGCUCAACACAGUAGAAAUUGCCGUAACUUAUCUUUAAACCUAUUCCAUUUUAUUUCUUCAACUUGUCCCCCAAUUCAUCCAGAUUUAGAUGCUAUCGAUUCAACUAAAAUAAAUUCAACUUUUCCUUCUGUACAAAAUAUACCUUUACCAACUCAAACUAUUUCAUUUAUAAAUGGUAUUAUUGAUUUAUAA